GGUCCCGUAAGUGAAAGAAGAUGGGGUCUGGCUGCCUAAAAGUCACCAAGUACUUCCUUUUCCUCUUCAAUCUCCUGUUCCUUAUCCUGGGUGCUGUGAUCCUGGGUUUUGGAAUAUGGAUUCUGGCCGACAAAACCAGUUUCAUUGCGGUUCUACAGAUGUCCUCUCCCUCCCUGAAGACUGCUGCAUACGUCCUCAUCGGUGUUGGGGCUCUCACCAUGCUGAUGGGGUUUCUGGGCUGUCUUGGAGCAGUCAAUGAGAUCCGAUGUCUCUUGGGUCUGUACUUCACCUGCCUGAUGGUAAUCCUCAUAACUCAGGUUGCUGCUGGACUGGUCAUCUACUUCCAGAAAGAAACGCUGAAAGAAGAGUUGUCCCGCAUAGUUGGAAGUCUGAUUGAAAAUUAUGACCCGUGGAACAAUGAUGACAGGAACUUACAAGAUGCGUGGGACUAUGUGCAAACACAGAUCAGCUGCUGUGGCUGGACUGGAGCAAAGGACUGGGAAAAUAAUAAGAUUCUUAUCAACCAAAGCAUGACACUGUACCCCUGCUCCUGCUCUAAUAGCUCCAAGGACAUUCAGGCAGAGAGCCGUUUCUGUAAUCUGGAUGUCCCUGUCAACGGCACUGCAACGUAUGCUGACUGGCCUGUUCAUGAGCAGGGAUGCAUGGAUGGUGUAGAGAAGUGGUUGAAGGACAACCUUGGUGUCAUUCUUGGGGUCUGCACUGGUGUUGCUGUUAUAGAGCUGCUGGGGAUGAUACUGUCCAUUUCACUCUGCAAGAACAUACACAGUGAAGACUACACCAAAGUGCCCAAGUCUUGAGUUGGCUGACUCGAGAGCUACAGCACCACAGAGAAAGGAGCAAACAGAACAUUCCUGCCUCGUACCCAGACUGUCCAACCAUUGACCAUUAUUCCUGUGACAUCCCAUUUCUGAUACCACUCUGCUAAGAACUGUUAGAGCUGCAAUACAGCCGGAUCUUCUGGCAAUAGGGCCCUUGGGCCACCUGCAUCCUGUCUCUGGAUUAUUUCUACUUCAAGAAGCAGAACUUAACUGUCUCGUAUCACGUGAGACACCGAUUAAUUUGAGGGGACAAUGCUUUUGCUGCCUGCUCCAUGUUAAACAAUACUAUUUGUAUCUCCAUUCUACAACCCACUGGGCCUAACAUACAAUAACUCCUCUCCUGCCUCGUUCUCCUCCCACACAUCUUCCCCCUACCCCCAGAAGUCCCAUCUCUUUGCCCCAUGAGCCAGGAUUGCUGUUGAGAUUCCAGUGCUUUGAUAGCUUCACCUACUUCACUGACUUAUGGUGGUAACUAGUAGUGCUUUAUAGGCCUUCUCCUCCCUUGCAGUUAACCUGAUUUCGUUCCUGCUAUGCAUCUUCCAGCCUAGGCUCUCAUCUGAAA